GUAUUAUUUUAGUUAAGUUUUCCCUCUCGCCUUUCUGCACUUCCACCCGGAGAAAGCCCCCUGAAUUCGACCAAAGUUGCCGGGCAUUAUCGCCGGAUAAUUCUUCCAAACCCCAAGUCCGCCACCACCCAUACGUCCCUCACUACUACUGCUCUGAAUCACGCCCCUUCCGGAAUAUACUCUGACCUCUCUGUUUAACACCACCAUAGUCUGCCCGUUUCCCCGCCGUAUCCAGACGUAUCCCUCCAUCCCAGCCGUCUACGGGACCUUGACCGCGUAUCCAGCCACUUCGAAUGCCCUACGCCUGUCCCAGGCCUGCCCGACUCGUGUCCGGCCACGCGAUUCUCCUCAGAAAGUUACUGCCCUGUAGUCCAAAGGAUGCAAUUUUUGAAAGACAUUGUACCAGCUGCAUUGAACAAUGUAAACACAAAAUUCAUAAUUUUAGACAAAGGAAGAGUAUCAGUAGAUGUACAAUCAAAGAUGUGCUUGGCAUUAGUGGGUGAUGAGACUGCAGCCGUUCAUUUCCAGAUGUGGGCUGAUGAGUGUGAUCAAUUUGAGCCUGGUGACAUUAUUACUCUUUCAGAUGGCAUAUUCUCUUACUGUUGCAACACUCUUGUGUUAAGAGCUGGCAAGAGAGGUAAGGCAGAAAAGGUGGGAGAGUUCACCAUGUCCUUUGUCGAGACACCAAACAUGAGUGAGAUUCAUUGGAUCCCUGAUCCUAGUAACUCAAAUAUAUAUGUCGCUGAUCAUGUUAUUUCUCCCUAUUCGCGAGUUUUCCCGCCUGCAUCCUGACAAGGGCUCCUCGCAGACUGCAAGAUCCUUCCAGAAUGGUUACCAAUAUUCUGUCAUAUGGAUGUCCUGCAACUUCCCAGCCUUUAACCCAUGAGCACUUCAGAUCCAGUGUAGAAGCUGUCUGCCUUGAGGAACCUUCAUCUUCCCUCACUAGAAUGAUGCAGUCUCAGUUAAUCAACAAGAGGAUUGCAUGGUUGCUUAGAAGCAAUGCAGAUGGCAGGGGAUUGAAUUCUUCCUUUACCAGUGACAACAGCGAUAGAGCUCGGCUUAUUAGGGCCAUUGAAGCUCUUCAAGCCAAAUUGAACACAAGAAUGAAGGGGUUUAGGGCGAAUCUUCCCAUGAAGUUGCUGCUUUUGUUAAUUGGCUUUUAUUGUGCAACAGCUUUUGCCACAGUAAUUGGGCAGACUGGUGACUGGGAUGUUCUUUCUGCUGCAUUGGCAGUGGCUGUGGUGGAGGCCAUUGGUGCUCUCAUGUACAAAACGUUCUUUCCUUUUGUAGAUAAGGUAAAGGAUCUAAUCACCAUGCUCAAUUACUGGAAAACUGGACUCACCCUUGGACUUUUCUUGGACUCCUUUAAGUAUUAGCUUUAGGUGGAAACGGAAUUAACUAAAGAGCAUUGUUAUUGUGGAGACCAAACAUGCGCUUAUGAAGAUCCAAUGAAAUGCUCCCCAUGCUUUCUCACCUUUUUUGGAUUAUCCGAGGCACAUUGAGACCAAUAUGUGUAUGUGAAAUAAUGACAAAUAAAACUUUUUUAUGUAUAGUUACCAUAUUAUUACGUAGUAUUUCCGCAGUGAUGGGUGAUCUGAUGUUAUCGUUUGACUUUAGCAAUGAUAGUCUAUUGACUCUUGUCUAUAUAAUCAUAUUUUUAUCCAUGAAUUCUGCUUAUGUUAUAAA